AUGGCCUGUCUGCUUCCCACUGCAGAGCCCAACUACACCAAACCCAACAUCUCCAUGCCCCCCAGCAAGGAGGUCUCCCUGGGGCGAUCCAUGAGCGUCUGGUGUCAGGGGCAGGGCCAGGAUGUGCGGAUCGUGCUGAAUAAAGAGCGACGUCAUUUCUUACCUGUGGAGUCGGAUGGGUUUCGGGCUGUGUUUCCCAUCACCAACGUGAGCCGGGAGCACGGCGGGAGCUACAGCUGCUCCUAUCACAGCAAAUCGGAGCCGUUCGCAGUGUCGUACCCCAGCGACCCCAUGGAGCUGGUGGUGAGAGAUCCCAGCUUACCCAGACCCUCCAUCUCUCUGAGCCCCACUGGGGUCACUGCCCCAGGGGCAAAUGUCACCAUCCGGUGUCAGGGGCAGCGCCGGAAUGUGACAUUCUUCCUGCACAAGCCUCAAGACCAGAACCCGCAGCGACGCGUGGCCUCUGAUGGGGACUGGGCCGAGUUCCUCAUCACCACCGUGGGCCAGCAGCAGGGAGGGAACUACAACUGCAGCUACCGGCCCCAAUCAGAGCCCUUCAUCUCCUCAGAGCCCAGCGACCCCGUGCAGCUGGUGGUAGCAGAUCCCAGCUUACCCAGACCCUCCAUCUCUCUGAGCCCCACUGGGGUCACCGCCCCAGAGGCAGACGUCACCAUCCAGUGUCAGGGGCAGCGCCGGGAUGUAACCUUCUUCCUGCACAAGGCUGGGGACAUGAACCCACAGCGACAGAUGGACCCUGCUGGGGACGGGGCCGAGUUCCGCAUCCCCACCGUGGGCCGGCAGCACGGAGGGAACUACAGCUGCAGCUACCGGAACCAAUCAUAUCCCUUCAUCUCCUCGCAGCCCAGUGACCCCAUGCAGCUGGUGGUAGCAGAGCCCACUCUGCCCAAGCCCAUCCUCAGGCCCAGCGGGGAGGUCUCCCUGGGGGGAGCUGUGUUCAUCCAGUGUUGGGGGCAGGGCCAGGGCGUGCGGAUCGUGCUGAAUAAAGGGGGACGCCAUGUUGCACACGUGGAUACGGAGAAGUCGGAGUUUGAGUUUCCCAUCAACAACGUGCGCCGGGAGCAGAGCGGGAACUAUAGCUGCUCCCAUCACAGCAGGUCGGAGCCGUUCGUCAGGUGGAGCGACUCCGUGGAGCUGGUGGUGAGAGGGUAAGGACCAGCGCCGAGACAGAGAAGAUGAGACCCCAGCUCUGCUUCCCACCCCAAUCUACCUGCCCUAGGAUUCAGGACUCCUGGGUUCUCUCCCUGGCUCGGGAUGGGAAGUGGUGUCCAGUGGUUACACCAGGGGGGGCGAGGUAGGUUUUAAUGUUGUAUUUUUUAGUUAUUUUCCUAAUGAUAGGUUGAUUCUCAUUAGUUGAUAACCAUUAGAAAUGUUGAUUUGCAACUAAAUAUAGUCUUAACACUGAAUCUGGUGCUUUUUCUUUUGCUAACCAUGAUGGCAAACGAUAUCUAUGUGCAUUGAUUGAAGCAGUUAUAUGGAGUCAUUUACAUUUCUUCAGUCUAAUUUUUACAUUUUGAAUAUGUUGGAAAAUGGCAAAUGAUACAUUUAUUUCCUAGAUUAUGAUGAUUGUUUUACUUCUGAUUUGUCCAAGCUCUGUUUGGAUGAAAAUUCAAAUGCACUCAAAAAUGCACAGAAACAGCAUUUUCAAUAUGUUUAUUAAUUAAAUAAAACUACUUUAAAUGUGCUGAAUACAUCAUAACAAAAAAGUGGAUCGAAA